ACAAGGUAAAUGAUAACAACGACUUUUUGUAAGAACGGGUGGGUCUCACUGUCCGGGGAAGAAGAAAAAGAGGAAAACACAGCUUCAAAAAUGAGAGACAGAGGUUGAACUUACCUACGGAGAAUCGAUAAUUUCGAAAGAGAUUAGAAUUUCAGGCCCGAGUUGGAUGAGUUGAAUCGGCGAAAAUGGGGGCGAGUCGGAAACUCCAGGGCGAGAUUGACCGUGUUCUGAAGAAGGUUCAGGAAGGCGUCGAAGUCUUUGAUAGCAUCUGGAACAAGGUUUACGACACGGACAAUGCGAACCAGAAGGAGAAGUUCGAGGCUGACCUGAAGAAGGAGAUUAAGAAGCUGCAGAGAUACAGGGACCAGAUUAAGACUUGGAUUCAAUCCAGUGAAAUCAAAGAUAAGAAGGUUAGUGCCUCGUAUGAGCAGGCUUUGGUGGAUGCACGCAAGCUUAUUGAGCGUGAAAUGGAAAGAUUCAAGAUCUGUGAGAAGGAGACAAAGACAAAAGCAUUCUCUAAAGAAGGCUUAGGUCAACAGCCCAAAACUGAUCCUAGAGAGAAGGCUAAAUCGGAGACAAGGGAUUGGUUGAACAAUGUGGUUGGGGAAUUAGAAUCUCAGAUCGAUAACUUUGAAGCUGAGCUUGAAGGAAUUUCUUCAAAGAAAGGAAAGAACAAGCCACCCAGAUUGAUACAUCUAGAAACAUCAAUCACUCGGCACAAGGCUCAUGUAAAGAAAUGUGAAUUUAUCUUGAGGCUACUUGAUAAUGAUGAACUAAGUCCAGAGCAGGUGAAUGAUGUCAAAGAUUUCUUGGAUGACUAUGUAGAACGUAAUCAGGAGGACUUUGAAGAAUUUAGUGAUGUUGAUGAGCUAUAUAGUUCAUUACCCCUAGAUAAGGUGGAGUCACUUGAAGAUAUUGUAACAAUUCCCCCUGGUCUUGCUAAGGUGGCACCUGUUCUUAGCUUGAAGCCUUUGCCAACAUCAGCUUCAGCAUCACAAACAUCUGAGCAAGCUGAUGAUACAGCUUCUCAGGAUAGCAAUUCUGAUGUUGGUGCAAGAACUCCACCUCCUAAAAGUAGUACAGUUAGUUCUACUGCGACAACACCAGCGGCAACACCAGUGGCGAAUUUUGCUACUCCUGUUUCUAUAAAUGUUACGGUGCCUAACUUGUCAAGUCCGCCGCCCAUUUCAUCUCUCACACCUGGUUCAAAUUCUCUUCGGAGUUCCUUGGAAAUUAGUAGUGCUGUCAAUGCUUCAUUUGUAAAUCAGUCUAGCACUGUGAAAGAAGAUGAGAUUAAUAGUUUCCCUGUCCGAAGACCAUCUCCAUCACUUUCUGAUGUUGCACUCAUAAGGAAUAUCAGCAGAAACAGCCUGUCAAAUCAAACAACAAAUAACAUACCUGUUGUAUCUGGGAACAUGGUUUCCAGCAAUGGGCCCCUUGGUUUAGUUUCUUCAACUUCUGAAAUAACCAAGAGAAACAUAUUGGUUGCUGAUGAUAGACUCGGAAGCAAUGGGAUGGUACCAACUCUUGUAUCCCCUUUAAGUAAUAGAAUGAUUAUUCCUCAGGUUGCAAGGGGUACUGAUGGAACUUCCUCAGUUGACUCUAGUAAUGCCAAUGAAGGUGCAACUUUGUCUGGGAGAGUUUUCUCCCCUUCUGCUAUUCCUGGCAUGCAAUGGAGACCUGGAAGCCCCUUCCAGAAUCAAAAUGACAUGGUACACUUUUGCUCUUAAAUUCUUUUUGCUAUU